AUGAGCCGUACAAACACGGCUGAGACGGUGGCGGGCGCAACGACAGCUUCCAACGCGAGUGACUCAAGCUCCGCACACCACACGUCGCGGCCCGGCAGUGCAGGAAGCGCAUCUGGCGGAGGCAGUAGUGGGGUGCCUUCAUUUCUAGCACCUGUUUGGCAGGGAUCGUCACGGAAUAGCACGGAUGGCGUGUCAGAUGCCGGUGAGCCGACUUCCGGUCUGCGGCAUGCUAUGCGCCAUGCGUGGCAAAUGUUCCCAGGAUUCCGCCGCGUCACGAACGAUGAUGACAGCGAUGCGCCAAGUGUCGAAGAACAUUCAGCAUCGUCCAAAACAUCGUCUCGUCGGAGGCGCGACACCCAAGAACAAUCACAGCGGACGGUCUCGUUCGGAUCUGACUCCUUCCCAUUCGCUGAGAUGAACCAUCAUGGCGGCGGCGGUGCGUCGCUACUUCAUCGAAAUGACAGUGGCGCAUCUAGUCGCUCCAUUGCAUCCAGUGGUGGCGGCAGUGUGCAUGGUCCACCGUCUAGGAAUGGCUCGUUGCAGCGUUCGAGGCGUGCCUAUCCGAUUUCUGAGAUACCCGAAACACUGCCGCCGCACGAGGCGCCUUCAUCACCGCAGCUAUCGCAACAAGCCAUGCAGGCAUCCCCAUAUCAUCUUUCGCCCAAGCUGGCCAUGACGCAAAUGCCGGUGGCUGUGCCGACGCCCCCCCCACCACCACCACCACCGCUUCCACCUGAGCCACCUGUGAGUGAAAAGCGUGCGAUGUUUCUACGCGCGCGAACGAAAAGCAUCGAUCACAUGCACAAACUGCUCAACUUGCGCAAUUUUGGUAAGGACAAGUCACGCAAAAACAAACGCGAUGCUGCACAAUCCAAGGCGCCGAAUCCAGCAGCACCGCCUCCCUCGUUCCCACCGGCGUCAUCAUCUGCGACGGUUGCCGCCAGUGCUGCCUCCUCAUUAGCUUCAGCACCCUCGCCUCCUGGAUCGCUUCCUCUUGCACGACCGGGCUUUCCCUUGUCGGCGUCGUCCGUGUCGCUUGCUUCCACUCCAGGCUAUUCGCCAGCUGCAUUGAAGCAUGCAUCAACGACAGGCAUGACAGGCACCCCUGUCACGCCGGGUACGCCAGGCACCCCUGGCACCGUCCCAGCAGGUAUAAUGAUGCAGUCAUCGUCAGCCUUACCAUCGCCCCAGUUGCACCAACCUUCUCAUUUGCUCUGGGACGCAUCGGUUCCUUCAAGUUCGUCAGUCGCCACGGCUCCUUCAUCACCACCAGCUUUUAUGCCCUCAACGCCACUGACUCACCGACCCAGUCUUCCUGUACAUUCUGCGCCAUAUGCGACCGACACGUCAUCACAUGCUCCUUUCUUGGCUGCUAGCUCGUCAGAAUCGCCGUCAUCUUCGUCCGCUACAGCUACCAAGCCACCGUCUCCGCCAUUUCCUUUCCCUACGAGUCGCAAAGCAUCAUCGACGACUACGGCCAUGGCUGCACCACCUCUCGCAGCAUCAGUUACCGCUGUCGGCUCGGCAUUGGUACCGUCAGCACCACCGCAGCCGCAGCCGCAGCCGCAUCCCUUCGUCUCACCGACAGAGUCGUCAUCCAAGACCCGUCGCUCAAGUGACCAUGUGCCGUGGAUGCAGGGCACUCCACCUUUGCACAAGCUUCCGACGAUGCAACCCAAUUCGCCACCACCGGACGAGAGUCCAAUGAAGGCAUCAUCGUCGCGUUCUAUGGCUUCCGCCGACACACUGACGUCACUUGCGACAGCAAAUGACUUUUUCGACUCCCGCACUCACACGCCAGAAAGAAUGCGCCAGCGCUCACACAGCGUGCCCGGCACGGCCAUCAGCAUGCCUCAUGAUGAAGCGGCAGCCGCGGCGGCAGCUGCAGCAGUAACGAUGACGUCCGAGUCCGUGCAUAAUGUACCGGACUCGAUGUCUGAUGAUCAGGCGCACGUCGGUGCUUUAGCCCUCGCUCCACAUGACGAUAACGACGAUGAUGCGACCAUGAUGACUGGUUUGCACGACGCUGAAUCGACGACACACGCGGCUGGUGCUUCGCAUUCGUCUGAGCACGACUUGUUUCUCGAGUCUAGGUGGGAUGAAUGGAAUGCGGAUGCUAUGACUACCCCACUCCAUGAACAGGGCGCCCAGGAACUGCUGGACAACUUGGGUCUCGAUGCACUGGACGUCCAGUCGCAGCGGCUGAUUCCGCGUUCCUCGCAUUCGCAGGCGUCCACGGAUCGCACUGAUCGUGUCGAGCCUGUGCCAGACAUGCCGCUGCACCCCGGCGAGGCGUUUGGUGUGGCUCAUGGUGGCACGCCCGUCGAAGAGCCAGGCACCAACUUUGCGACGUCGCCGUCGCCCAAGUCGUCUUGGCCCUCAAGUGAGGCGCGCGUUGCGCCUGCGAGCGACGCGUCUGAGACAACCACAAGUGGCCAGCCGCGCGCGUCGUCAGCCGCCUCACCUGCACGUGGGUCCUCUGAUGCGCCAGCGUCAGCUGAGGCAGCACCGUCGUCGACGUCGUCUGCUGCCUUGCCCGUCACGUCUCUCUCCGGAUCACCCCCGCCUUCACCGCCUGCUCAUGGGCCCAGUUCUGCCCCUGCACUUUCAUCUUCGGCGCCGCCAGCGCCGCCAACGCCGCCAUCGUCUUCCUUGCCGCCGUCGACACCGAUGGUGCCGGCGACCGAGCUCGGCACAUUGCUCGAUUCUGACUCGCGCUUCCGCCCAUUGAACCGCAUGCUUGAGCCACUGAACAUCAAGGCACUCUCCCUUCAGGAAGGCGACACUGACACGGCGUCCAAUGCAGCGCCAACCGUGAACUCAACGUGGCCUUUGCGCUUCAAGCCUCGCAAUGUCGAUGGCGAUACGAUACCUGGCCCGUCUGCACACCCGAGUGGGCACCAUUCCUUUGAUGAAGAGGCUCCGGCAGAGCAGCGGGCCAGCGGCGACGACGAUGCAACACGUGUGCAUCGUGCGUUGCGCGGCUCGAAGUCGUCGAGUUUGCUAACGGCCGUCGCAUCGCAGGCGAAUCGGAUCCGCAAGAAUGCUCGUGAUGCAUGGCCGGUUGUCCAUGACGACGAUCCUGUGGCAUCAUCAUCGACAAAGUCCGAGGAUGACGAUCGUGAGCGUGCCAAAGAACGCAAGUCCAAAACGGCCCAACGUUCGGAUGACGGGGAGUCGUGCCAGCCACCUGCAUCCGCACCAGUGAGUUCGCAAGACACGGCAGCCUCGGCGCCGACCAGCAAGGAAACGGGCAAGCCCGAUACGCCUUUGUCCAUGUACCGCAAGAAACGCAACAAGAGCCAGCCGACGCUUCGGAUCGCGGAUGACCGCGAGUUCCUCGAGGCGCUCGAACAAGUCCGAAUGCAGCACAAGGAACGCAUCGCUCACCGCGAACGUGCACGUACAUCACGCAAAGCAAGCAUGCCGAAUCUGCGUCCGUCGCCAGCAUCACGCCGACCACCGCCGCUCCCCAUGACGCGUGGCUUUUCAGAGCGCACGGAGCGUCCUGGACGCCUCGGUGACGAGCGCAAGGUCCGCUCCCGUGCAUCAUCCGCUGCUAGCCGCUCCGAGAUCGACAGUGCUCGCAUGAGCAUGUCACCUGAAAUGCCAGCCGGUUUGCCCGACAUGUCAACCAGUUUCCUGGAUAUUGACAGUAUCGAGUCCAUGUCUGCAUCGUCGACAGCCAGCGACGAGCCACCAGAUGCUGCCAUUCCAUCGUCGGCCUCAGCUGGUGGCGCAGCAGCAGCAGCAUCACCAGAUACCAUGGAACUGGGCACAGGCGCAUCAUGCGCUCCUGCAGGAGCGCAUGAUGCACCCGAUGACGAUGUCGACGAUGUCGACGAGACUGAAAGCAACGAGUCGAAUGUAUCGGAGCCGAUACCCAAUGAGCUUGGCAUCGGGCACACCACAGGUAAUGUGCCUAGCGCCCCUUUCACGAACGAUGACGACUGGAAAAAAGAAGUCAAGGCGCUCUUCCUCAUCCGAGAGCUCGUGCAGACAGAGCGGAGCUACGCGGCUCAUUUGGAAAGUCUGUUGAUCGUCGUGCUGAAAUGCACUGGCACGUCCUCGUCCACGCGCAUGCAGACGAACGUACUUAUGCCGUCGCAACCGUCAAAUACGUCCCAACGCAUGGCCUCCAAUACGACCGUGCCACCGCAUCUUGUGACGCUGCGUGUCAUGCUGCCGAAACUCAUUUCUGUCAGUCGUGUCCUUGUGUACAGUAUUGAGGAAAGCCCAACGAGCGAAGGUGUCGCGCGUUCUUUCCUGUCCAUUCGCCCACGACUCGAAGAAGUGCAUGUCAGUUGGCACGGCGUCGUCGGCGCGACUCUGCGUGCGAUGCGAGUGACAGAGGCGUCCAAGAGCAAAAGCAAAGGCCGUCUCGGCCGCGUCCCUGUCGCACCGACCGUGGAGGCGGCACGCCGCGCAACGCGGCCUGACCUGUCUUACAGUGAUGCGGCUUUAGACUCGACAUCUUCGACCUCGUCAUCCGAUAAGCGCGAAAAGUCUCGUGCCUACGAUCCGCCGCCAAAGGAGCUUAGUGCUGUUGAUGUCGCUAUCAUGCCAACUCAGCGCAUCCCUCGCUACGUGCUACUUCUCCGUGACCUGCUCUCCUACACCAGCCCUGAUACCGAGGCCUAUGAGUCUCUUAAGCUUGCGCUCGAAUCCGUGCAGGAACUCGGUCAUCGUUGCGACCAAGCAUCUACCAAGACACAGUAG